AAGGCACAGGGAUGUCUCCCUCACACAAAGAUGACAUCUUACACCACCCGAAACCUGUCAAUGUCAAACAAAUGCUCGCCUUCUUAGGACUGUGCAACUACUCACGCCAUCAUGUCCCGGACUUUGCAGAACUUACACAUCCUCUUCGCCAAAUGGUUAACAUUGAAGGAAUGCGAAAUUUGUCACAUAUCCUCACUUGGACCACUGAAGCGGAAAACUCUUUUGUAGACCUCAAACAGCACUUGUCCUCAGCUGCCGCAUUGGCUAUUCCUGAUUACAACAGAAUGUUUUUCCUGGAUGUUUCUGAAAAGACCAGCAGUGUAUCUGCUGCUCUUUAUCAGAAGGGGGAAUCAGGAGAAAGACGAAUUUGUCUAUAUGCCUCUACGCCACUUGAAAAAUACGAAAAGCGACAUCCAGUAUGCGCGGCGUUUGCCUCUGCGUUAGCUCGACUCAUUGAAAAAACCUCACACAUUGUCUUACAUCAUCCAUUGACAGUACGCACUUCUCACAGUACAGUACAGUACAUGACAAGCCAUGUUUUCACCAUGACAGGAGGAAGACAAAGGAAAAUUGAGGUAAUACUCACACAGCCACAUAUACUUUUUACACACGAGGGCAUUAACAUGGCUGAAGGGCUUUUUGAAGGACAGCCUCAUUGCUGUACCCAACGAAUCAUAACAGAUAACACACUUAGGGAAGAUCUAUAUGACAUGCCCUUGCAAAAUCCUGACUUGAUACUAUUCACGGACGGAUGCUGUUUUAAAGGAGAACAAGGGCUCCAGUCAGGGUUUGCUGUAACAAAACUAACUGAUACAGGAUUUGUAACUAUAAAGGCGGAAAAACUCAAAGGGCAACAAUCUGCCCAAAGAGCAGAGAUAACGGCAGUAACAGCUGCUCUCCAGCUGGCCCAAGACAAAACGACCAACAUUUACACUGACUCGGCAUAUGCUCAUGUAGUAGUACAUACAGCCAUGGCCGAAUGGCAAAGAAAUGACUUCAUGACUGCAACGGGAGUCCCCAUAAAACAUUAUCAAGAAAUAUUAAAAUUGAAAGAAGCAUUAAUGAUGCCCAAAGCAGUGGCAGUCUUAAAAUGUAAAGGACACACUAAAAAGGAUGAUUUUGUAUCAGCAGGAAAUGACGCAGCGGAUAAAGCGGCGAAGGCAGCGGCUGGUUAUCUUCCCACCUCACAACUAGUUCUCCACUGGAGACAACAGAUGUGUCUGGCCCUCCGGAGCUCAAACAACUAACGCUUGCUUUUUCGCAACUAACUGCAAAACAACCCGAC